AGGGGCCUGGGGGCAGGGCCAGGUCGCUGGACAAACAGACCAAAGGUGAGGCCAGCGAGGGCCGCAGACCAGGCCUGGCCAGCUGACGGCUCACCAUGAGGCUGCUCGUCCUCCUGGGCCUGCUGUGUGGCUCGGCCGCCUCCCCCUUGGGCCCACAGUGGCCUGAGCCCGUGUUCGGCCGCCUGGUGUCCCCGGGCUUCCCGGGGGUGUAUCCCAAUGACCAGGAGCAGCGCUGGACCCUGACUGCUCCCCCCGGCUACCGCCUGCGCCUCUACUUCACCCUCUUCGACCUGGAGCUCUCCCACCUCUGCGAGUACGACUUCGUCAAGCUGAGCGCGGGGACCGAGGUGCUGGCCACGCUGUGCGGGCAGGAGAGCACAGACACCGAGCGGGCCCCUGGCAACGACACCUUCUACUCGCCGGGCCCCCACCUGGACGUCACCUUCCGCUCUGACUACUCCAAUGAGAAACCGUUCACGGGCUUCGAGGCCUUCUACGCGGCGGAGGAUAUUGACGAGUGCCAGGUGCCCCCGGGAGAGGCGCCUGCCUGUGACCACCACUGCCACAACCACCUGGGUGGCUUCUACUGCUCCUGCCGCGCGGGCUACGUCCUCCACCGGAACAAGCGCACCUGCUCAGCCCUGUGCUCAGGCCAGGUCUCCACGGAGCGGUCUGGGGAGCUCAGCAGCCCCGAAUACCCACAGCCGUACCCCAAACUCUCCAGCUGCACUUACGACAUCCGCCUAGAGGAGGGGUUCAGCGUCGUCCUGGACUUCGUGGAGCCCUUUGAUGUGGAGACGCACCCUGAAGCCCAGUGCCCCUAUGACUCCCUCAAGAUUCAAACAGACAAAGAGGAAUAUGGCCCAUUUUGUGGGAAGACGUUGCCUCGUAGAAUUGAAACGAAGAGCAACACUGUGACCAUCACCUUUGUCACUGAUGAGUCAGGGGACCACACGGGCUGGAAGAUCCACUACACAAGCACAGCCCAGCCGUGCCCUUAUCCGACGGCGCCACCUAACGGCCACAUCUCACCUGUGCAAGCCAACUACGUCCUGAAAGACAACUUCUCCAUCUUCUGUGAGACUGGCUAUGAGCUUCUGCAAAAUCCCUGUGGUAAAGAGCAAUAACAUUGAAACGAUAGC